CUGUUUGUCUUAAGCUCACAUUAACUUGCAAACGCAGGCGGGCCCUUAAAUUUUCCAGUUCCCCAAAUUUUCUUCUUCUCUCCUUUGUAUUCUCUCGAGAUUUCUCUCUCUUCUCUUUGGGUUUUAAAUUUUAAAAAUUGAAAUCCUAUCAUUUUUUGAAUUUUUGAAAAAGAUUCAUGUUAAUGGCAACUCUUCUAGCUUCUUCUUCAUGGGUUUAACCUAUUUUUAAUGGGGUUUUGAGAUUCUAGAUCAGCGUCAGCUUAAAACCUAGUUAAGAGACGAUCGUGUUACUGUAUCGAAUGUGUCCUCUUGGGAUUGUUGCUCAAUCUGUUUUGUGUUCGGCAUAUCUAUAUUCUGAAAUAGUUCGUCAAUUUAGUGCUUCAUUUGUCGAGGCUUUUACCUGAAGAAGACUUGAUGAGGAUUUCCCGAGCAUGGUUGAGAUCAAUGUGAAAAUAAGAAUGCCGGAAAGUCUAAAGUGUGCUUUCAGAAAUGAAACCAUUUUGAACCUAAGCAGAUGAAGAUAAGUAGACCUGGUUAAUUUAAUAUUGUUUUCUGUUGUUUUUUUGGUGUAAAUAAUUGAUUGCGUUUGCUUUUAAAUGGGGAUUUCUCUCUCACUUUCUUGUUCUGUUAGUUGGAACCAUGAGCUCUAAGAGUUAAUCACAUCACUAAAGGUAAAAAACAAUAUUUUGGAUGUUGCUGGAUAAAGAGAAUUUUUUAAUAUCCUUUUCUUUCUGUAACUCGGAGUUUAGCUUGAUGGUCAAAUCAAUGAAGCUGUAAUGGAUCACGUGUUGUUAUUUUGUUGUGUGUAAGUAGCUUUGUGUCUUUUAAAGUUCAGUAUUUUGGGGCACCUAAGGGUGUGGCCUAGUGGUUUAUGAAGAGGGUUAAGACACAAGAUCUCAUGUUCAAGUCCUAGCGGAAAGAAUACUAGGUAUCAAGUAGAAUUAGUCGAGGUGCCCAUAAAUGGCCAAGACACCACAAUUAUAUAAGAGAAAGUUCAUUAUUCUGGAUCCUGUGUGCUGAAAUCAAAUAUACUCUCAAGUAACUGAGUUAUUUUGCAUCAUAUGAGGUGUAACUGAAAAUUUAAGACAUAUCUUUUUAUCAACUUCUGCAUGCUUAUUUUAUCAUCAACUAUGGAGGUAUAUAACCAUAUUUGAUGGAAUACUCGGCAUAUGCAGGGAUUAACAGCAUUACAAGAGCAAUGACAACUGUAAGUCCUUAUUUUGAUGACUUGCGAUGUCAACCUGAGGUCAUUCAUCCUCCACAAAACGAAGACUGCAUGGACAUUGGUGAACAUAUGAAUGAGCCUGCUCAACAUACAGCAAAACCUAAUGUGACUGUUUCCAGUAGUGUUCGUGAAUUGUUGGAAUGCCCUGUAUGCUUAAAUGCUAUGUAUCCACCCAUCCAUCAGUGUUCCAACGGUCACACACUGUGUUCUGGUUGCAAACCUAGGGUUCACAAUCGCUGUCCAACAUGUCGGCAUGAACUUGGUAAUAUCCGAUGUCUUGCGUUGGAGAAGGUUGCUGCAUCUCUUGAACUCCCAUGUAAAUACCAGAACUUUGGAUGCAUAGGCAUCAUUCCUUACUACAGCAAGCUAAAGCAUGAGUCCCAAUGCUCCUUCAGACCCUAUAAUUGUCCCUAUGCGGGAUCAGACUGCACUGUCAUCGGUGACAUACCAUAUAUAGUUGCCCAUCUAAAAGAUGAUCACAAAGUUGACAUGCACAUGGGCAGUACUUUCAACCAUCGCUAUGUGAAGUCAAAACCCCAUGAAGUGGAAAAUGCUACAUGGAUGCUCACAGUUUUCAGUUGCUUUGGUCAGUACUUCUGUUUACACUUCGAAGCAUUUCAACUUGGAAUGGCACCAGUUUAUAUUGCAUUUUUACGGUUCAUGGGUGAUGAUGAAACAGCAAAGAACUUUAGCUACAGUCUUGAAGUAGGAGGCAACGGAAGGAAGCUGAUUUGGCAAGGGGUACCUCGAAGCAUCAGGGACAGUUACCGUAAGGUUCGAGACAGUUUUGAUGGCCUCAUCAUUCAGCGUAAUAUGGCGCUCUUCUUUUCUGGUGGAGACCGGAAAGAACUGAAGCUCAGAGUUACUGGUAGGAUAUGGAAAGAACAAUGACGUCCAUUGUAGCAGUACACUUGUAGUUGUAGCAGUUGAUGUACUGUUUUAGUCCAAGAAGUAGGUUUUUAUUUAUCUAGCAAUCAGUUAAAAGUCUUCUGAUCAAUGUAUUUUCUUGAACAAGAAGCAACCUCUCUUUGCUUUGUCCAUGAUUAAAAUACAUUAGUGAGAAGGCCUACGUCAGUUUGUAGAAUGUGUCUUGCUGUAGGUUGUGUAUUACUUACUGUCACAGUAAAAAAUCUGUAUCCAUGAAAGUUCUCUUUAUUGAAAUUCAAUAAGUUAGUUUAACCAAAAGGGGACAAGUAAAUAAAGCACUUGUUUGUUCA